GUUGACGCCGGCGACGCGCAGCCGGGCCCGCUCCUCCUGCGCUCCGCCAGUGUCCGGCCGCGGGCCGGCCUUAGUGACUGGGGGCUGCGGGCCCGGGGCCGGCGGGCGCGGGCGCGGGCUGCCUUCGUCGGGCUCCGAGCUCGCCCGGAGCGAGCAGCCGCCCGCGACCGCCGCGGAGCCUCGCCCGCUCCCGCCGGCGAGCAAGAUGAUGUGCGAGGUGAUGCCGACCAUCAGUGAGGCAGAAGGCCCGCCCGGAGGAAGCGGGACCCACGGGUCGGGCUCCCCUUCGCAGCCGGAUGCAGAUUCCCACUUUGAGCAGUUGAUGGUGUCCAUGCUGGAGGAGAGGGACCGUCUUCUGGACACGCUGCGGGAGACUCAGGAAACGCUGGCGUUGACCCAGGGGAAGUUGCACGAGGUCGGUCACGAGAGAGAUUCCUUGCAGAGACAGCUCAACACUGCCCUUCCACAGGAGUUUGCAGCGCUUACUAAGGAGCUCAACGUCUGCAGGGAGCAGCUCCUGGAGAGAGAGGAGGAGAUCGCGGAACUGAAGGCAGAGAGGAACAACACCAGGCUGCUUCUGGAGCACUUGGAGUGCCUCGUGUCCAGGCACGAGAGGUCUCUCCGGAUGACGGUGGUGAAGCGGCAGGCGCAGUCCCCGGCCGGCGUGUCCAGCGAGGUGGAGGUGCUCAAGGCCCUGAAGUCCUUGUUCGAGCACCACAAAGCUCUGGAUGAAAAGGUGAGAGAGCGGUUACGAGUAGCACUUGAAAGGUGUAGUUUGUUAGAAGAAGAAUUAGGGGCCACGCACAAAGAGCUAAUGAUUCUUAAAGAACAGAAUAAUCAGAAAAAAACCCUAACAGAUGGAGUGCAUGACAUAAACCACGAACAAGAAAAUAUGCCGAGCACGAAUGGAAAGGCAACUUCUGACGGUUCUUUAAGCCACGAGGAAGACCUCGCCAAGGUAAUCGAGCUCCAGGAAAUCCUAGAUAAGCAGUCAAAGGAGCAGAGCCAGAUGAAGGAGCGCCUGGCGGCCCUCUCCGCUCACGUGGCUGAGCUGGAGGAGGACCUGGACACGGCACGCAAGGACCUCAUCAAGUCCGAAGAAGUGAACACCAAGCUGCAGCGAGACGUCCGCGAAGCCGUGGCCCAGAAGGAGGACAUGGAGGAGAGGAUCACCACCCUUGAGAAGCGCUACCUCGCGGCACAGCGUGAAGCCACCUCUGUGCACGACCUCAACGAUAAACUUGAAAAUGAGAUUGCCAAUAAAGAGUCUAUGCAUCGACAGACGGAGGAUCAAAACCGCCAGUUGCAGGAACGCCUGGAGGUGGCGGAGCGGAAGCUGCAGCAGACCCUGAGGAAGGCCGAGACGCUGCCCGAGGUGGAAGCCGAGCUGGCCCAGAGGGUGGCCGCCCUCUCCAAGUCCGACCCUUUAUCUUCUGGACACUCUGCUGCUGAGGAAGCUAAACUGUCGGAACUCGCUUCCCAGCUUAGGAAGGCCGAGGAGAGGCAUGGCAACAUCGAGGAAAGGCUGCGCCAGAUGGAGGCCCAGCUGGAGGAAAAGAACCAAGAACUGCAGCGGGCAAGGCAGAGGGAGAAGAUGAACGAGGAGCAUAACAAACGUCUGUCGGACACUGUCGACAAGCUCCUUUCCGAGUCUAACGAGCGGCUGCAGCUGCAUCUGAAGGAGAGGAUGGCCGCUCUGGGAGACAAGAACUCUCUAUUACGAGAAGUUGAAGAUGUGAAAAAGCAGUUAGAAGAAACGCAACGUGAGAAGGAUCGGCUCCUACUGAACGUGGAAGCACUGAGGGCUGAAUUAGAGCAGGCGAGACUGAGAGGCUCUUCCCUUCACCACGGGCGACCGCACUUGGGCAGUGUCCCAGAUUUCAGGUUCCCUCUGGCGGACGGCCCCACGGAUGCCUACAGCAGCGCGGUGUUGCGCCCCCGGAAAGGCCGUGUGGCCGCUCUGCGAGAUGAGCCUUCCAAGGCAAGGACUCUUAACGAACAGGAUUGGGAACGUGCCCAACAAGCUAGCGUCCUAGCAAAUGUGGCACAGGCGUUCGAGAGCGACGUCGACGUGUCUGAUGGCGAAGACGACGGGGACACGCUCUUCAGUUCGGCUGCUCUGCUCUCGCCCAGUGGGCAGGCCGAUGCCCAGACGCUGGCCAUGAUGCUGCAGGAACAGCUGGACGCCAUCAACAAAGAGAUCAGGCUCAUUCAAGAAGAGAAGGAGAGCGCGGAACAGCGGGCGGAGGAGAUUGAGAGCCGAGUGGGCAGCGGCAGCUUAGACAGCCCCGGCCGUUUUAGACCCGCGGGCUCCGGCGCCCCGCACCCCGCGUCCCCGCUCGCGGGCCCCUCCCCUCCACACAGCGGGCGCUCCACCCCACGGAGGGGCCCGCACAGCCCCGCCAGGGAGGUGGACAGACUGGGGGUCAUGACUCUACCUAGCGAUUUAAGGAAGCAUCGUAGAAAGUUGCCGGCUUCGCGCGAAGAGGUACGAGACGACAAGGCAACGAUAAAAUGUGAAACGUCCCCUCCUUCCUCCCCGAGGUCCCUGCGCUUGGACAGACUGCACCAGGGGGUGCUCCACGCGGCCAGCCACGAGGACAUCAGGGACGCCAGAAACUCGACAGGCUCGCAGGACGGCCCCGUGAGCAACCCCAGCAGCAGCAACAGCAGCCAGGACUCGCUGCACAAGGCGCCCAAGAAGAAGGGCAUCAAGUCCUCCAUCGGCCGCCUGUUUGGCAAGAAAGAAAAGGGCCGUCCCGGCCACGCUGGCAAGGAUCCCGCGGGGCCAGCUGCUCUCUUGGAGGUGGAAAACUCCCCGCAGGACGCCCUGGGACUCAGCAAAUUGGGCGGACAGGCUGAGAAAAACCGUAAGCUUCAAAAAAAGCACGAAUUGCUCGAGGAAGCCCGGAGACAAGGUUUACCUUUCGCACAGUGGGACGGGCCCACCGUUGUUGUUUGGCUGGAGCUCUGGGUCGGGAUGCCUGCCUGGUACGUAGCCGCUUGCCGAGCCAACGUGAAAAGCGGGGCCAUCAUGUCUGCGCUGUCUGACACGGAGAUCCAGCGUGAGAUCGGCAUCAGCAACCCUCUGCACCGGCUGAAGCUGCGGCUGGCCAUUCAGGAGAUCAUGUCCCUGACUAGUCCGUCAGCCCCUCCUACUUCGAGAACGACCACAGGAAAUAUCUGGUUAACGCAUGAAGAGAUGGAGACGCUCACGGCCACGCCACAAACGGAGGCUGAGGAGGGAAGCUGGGCUCAGACGCUGGCAUACGGGGACAUGAACCACGAGUGGAUCGGCAAUGAGUGGCUGCCCAGCCUGGGCCUCGCGCAGUACCGCAGCUACUUCAUGGAGUGCCUGGUGGACGCGCGCAUGCUGGACCACCUGACCAAGAAGGACCUCCGAGGGCAGCUGAAGAUGGUCGACAGCUUCCACAGAAACAGUUUCCAGUGCGGAAUUAUGUGCCUGCGAAGGUUGAAUUACGACCGUAAGGAGCUAGAGAGAAAAAGAGAAGAAAGCCAGAGUGAAGUAAAAGAUGUGCUGGUUUGGAGCAAUGACCGAGUGAUUCGCUGGGUCCUGUCGAUUGGCCUUAAAGAGUUUGCGAACAAUCUCGUAGAGAGUGGCGUUCACGGUGCGCUGAUGGCCUUAGAUGAGACAUUCGACUUCAACGCCCUGGCGCUUCUGCUUCAGAUCCCGACCCAGAACACACAGGCUCGUGCCGUCUUGGAACGGGAGUUUAACAACCUUUUGGUCAUGGGGACGGACAGAAGAUUUGAUGAAGACGAUGAUAAAAGCUUUAGGAGGGCACCUUCUUGGAGAAAAAAAUUUAGACCAAAGGACGUUCGUGGCUUGGCUGCUGGGUCUGCAGAGACUCUCCCCGCAAAUUUCCGGGUCACUUCCUCUCUGUCCUCACCCUCUAUGCAGCCAAAGAAGAUACAGCUGGACGGCAGCGUUUCGGGACCGCAGAGGCUGGAUUCCGCCACAGUCAGGACUUACUCCUGCUGACGCCCCCUGUGGUGAGUAGAGGGCACCGUCCGUGCAGGCCGCCGUCGGGCACCCGUGUCCUGCGCACGCGAUGUCCGUGGGCGCCGGGAGAGCGAGCCCACGCAGGUUCACUUAGGGACUUUGAGAAAUACACACACGCACGACACGAGCCUCUCUGCACCUGCUAAGAGGAUCCUGGGGUUUGUGUGUGCUUCUUACACUUAAUAAAGAGGUUGGUGCGGCCUCAGUUUUUCAGGGGAAAACUGUAUUUCCGCUCUUUCCUUAAACAAAAGAAGUUUGGCUUCAACGUCUGCUAAUGUCUUUGGGGUAGGGAGGCAGGAUUGCAGCCGGAGCAGAAGGGAGCUGCUCUGAGCUGAGCUGACCACGGCGCCCCACUCCCCCCGGUGUUCGGGAGCACGUGGCACUCGCUCUGCCUGGCCUGGUGGGGCUCCCAGGUCGGCAGGCGGCUGGCUGGCUGGCUUGUUUUAAAUACACCUUCCUGAAUGAACCAGGCCCCAGCGGAUUCAAUACCGUCAUCACGUGAGUGAUGGCGCUAGCCUCUCAGUUGAGAGAUUGGUUUUUAAACACGGAACAGCAUGACCAUCUGAGGGGCUGAGUUUGAACAUGGAGGUUUCGGGUUUGGGCCCAGGAGCCCAGCCCUCUUCUCCCCUGCUCUGAGCGGGGCGGCAGCCAGAAUAUUCGAUGGGUGGGGGCUCCUGGCCGGCCCGGGAGGGGGAGCCUACAACCCUUGAUCUUGGGGUGGUGCGUUGGAGCCGCACGUUGGGUG